UUUCUAACAUGUCUAAUGGCUGUCGAUUCGGCCUUUUAUUGUUCGAGCCGUUAUUCACACAGUACAAGCAUUAGAUGACAUGGAGAAAUAGUACGCGAAUAUGCGUUCAAUUUCGACAUCGUCAUCAUCGCGGGGUGUUUUGAAUCUCCUUCCACCGUUUUUAAUCCAGAAUUUUCUUCUUUAUGUGUGUAAGUUUAUGAAAGUGACUAUGAACUAACAGUGAAGAUUACAGAAGAGAAGCCAGGAGCAAUAUCUACAACAAAAUUUCAAGUGCAACUGGCAACUGGUUAUAAGAAUGGAUCACUCGCAAAGCACCGAUGUCCCUAUCUCUAACUGGAAGUGGGGUUACGCUAUCCUCCUCUCCAAAUUCGUGAUCAAUAUUUGGGCUGGCAUUCCCAAAUCCUUCGGCGUUCUCCUUCCUGAGAUGGUUGAUAGAUUCAGCGCGAAUUACGCCACUUUAGGAUUUAUCUGUAGUCUUCCCGGCACAAUCACGCUCUUUUCAGGCCCCUUUGCUUCCUUGGUCCUCAAGCUCGUUGAUCAACGUGUUGCUGCUAUGUCAGGAGCUGUAAUAAUAGGAGUGUGUCUAAUAUCAUGUGGCUUCACCUACAAUAUCACUGCUUUCGGUAUACUUCUUGGACUUACAGGUGUCAGAUCUUUUGUAUAUUUACCAAUUACGCUCCGGUUGAACCAAUAUUUCAAGGAGAACUUUGUUUUGAUCAACACCGUAGCAUCCUUCGGUGUAACAACGGGGAUAAUGUUCUUACCUAUCAUUACCGAACGAUCGCUGGAAGCUUAUGGUUAUCAUGGAGCGUUUCUGAUACUUGGUGGAAUCAUGCUACAUAUGGUUGCAGCGGCAGCCGCCAUUCGGAAACCGAUGUACAAGACCACAGGCCACAUCACUAAACAGGCUGCUUGUGAUAGAGAUACAUCAGAGAUCGACUGUCAUGAACUUUGUGAUGCGAAGAAAUGUAGCUUAAACAUUGAAGGAAGCAAACAAGCUCAAGGGACGACGAAAUGUGGAGCAAAUAGGGAUACGACUGAGGUUGUUGCAGAAGUUAGUUGGCAUCACGCAGGAAACACUUGUUCUACUGCGAAACAUUUCAAGGACCUAAACAAUGAAAAUGGAGUAAAACGGUGUCAAGAUGAUGAAGGGAUAGCACAUGACGAUGACAUUAACCGAAAUGAGCAGGAAAAUAUUCCUUUGGUAGAUAAUGGAAGCUAUCCUGACCAUGCAGACAUGCCCAAUAAAAAGCUUGACACGUUGACUUCUACUGAUGCUAAUCAAGAUCAUGAUGACGGUUCUCAGAAUGCAUUCUGCUCGCUAUUAAUAUCACGCUGUAAACUCUUCGUGACCAAUGAAAUGCUAUUCUUGAUGUGCAUCCCAUCGAUUUUCUUUUAUGUCUAUGGUUUCGACGCUUGGGUAUUGUUCCUGGUGCCUCACGCAGAAGACCUUGGAAUCAGUUCAUCUAAGGCCGUUUUCCUGUCUUCAGUUGGUGGUGUCGGUGGGCUAAUUGGCAGAUUGAUUGCUAUCUUUUUACUCUUUAAGAAAAUUGACAUGAUCAAAAUCUACAUCAUAGUCGGUUUUAUAAACAGUUUGACCUUUUUCUUGGAUUUCAUCGGUGAAUCGUUCCUCGUUCGUUCAGUCUGGGCAUUCAUCCAGGCGGUCUGCUUUUUCAUACAGGACACGUCCGGUGCAACGUAUCUGAAAUUUGUUUUGAGAGAUGAAAGCAACUUUAGUUUCGGCCUUGGGCUGAUAAUGCUUGUUCAAGGUUGUGGCAGUAUCUCUUCCGGAGUUUUCACAGGCACCUUACUGGACGUCACUCAGUCCUACACCAAAGUCUUCAUGAUAACUGGAAUCAGUAGCGCAUGCUGCACCGUCAACGUAAUAGUAAUAUUUAUACUCUUAAAAGGGAGAUUGGGUUCAUAAAUGACGAAGCCAGCAUCUCUGAUGAAUACACCAUAUCAGCAAAAAAAACCCGACUUAAUUAAUUUUACCAAGGGGCAUUUUUAAAAUAAUUCUGCCACUCUUAUCUAUGAAAAUAUGAAAGUUUGAAAAAUUACAAAAAACCCUCAAUAAUGUUUAGCAUCUCGAGUUUGAGCGUAAUGUAUUUUUAUGUACUACAUCAUCAUAUCGCAUCAUUAUUUUAAAGUGAUGAGUCUGAAGCUAAUGGAAUCAUAAAAUGAGAAGUUGAGAUAUUACGCAGAAAUUCAAAAAGAAGAAGAAACGUUGGAUGAAUAAUAUUAAUUUACUGAUCCGUUAGGUCCAUGUGGGGGUGAAUUCUCAUUUGUUGGCCUGCUUCUCAGAUAGUCCAAGCUAGUGCCGCCCGAGUGAAUGAAUGAAUAACAGCUUAUGACAUGAUCGGCCCGUCAUAGGAAAGCAGACUAGAAUGUAUAACAGCUAAACACGCACACUCAUACGCUUACCUUUUUACAUUAUUUCUUUUGGCCACCGGGUGCUGAUUUUGUGCACCCAGCUUUUAUCUGUUUAAUUUAAAGAGAUAUUUUUACAAAUAUCAUGAAAAGGGCUGAAAUGAAAAUUUAGUUAGAUUAUAUUGUUAUCAUCAUUGAAAUCAUUAUCAUCUUCAUAUUGACCAUGUUGACGGCUGUGCGUUAUUUAUCAGUAGUUCGUUAUGAGUAAAUUAUUAAGCAAAUA